AGGUUUCCUCUUUGGCUUUUUUUUUCCGGGCAACAAGUAUCAGUAAGGUACCUAGUACCCUCCAAGAAGGAAUUUCAACAAGUCCACUCUUCCUUUCCAAUGUUGAUGUCGCAUUUAAACGCAAAGUGACUACUAGCUAGAGGUACAGAUGAAGCAUACCUCGUUGCGCUCUAGGUCGUUUUUAUGAAAUACUCUCUCAUAGAUAUUGUUGUUAACAGAAUCAACAAAGAAUGGGUAAAAAAGGACGCUGGGGUGGGGCGAAAACUAAAACCCCGGCCGCUGCCGCCGAUGCCGGCGCUGCGGAAAAUCGUGAAGAGCACGUCGACGAGAGUGGCGGGUUGCAUUUACUUGGCGGCGCAGCUAAUCAUGACCUUCACACAGCAUUACUACAAGGUGGUGAAAAUACUGCCUUGCAGCAUAUCCAGGACGGUUUUUUCACCUCACGAGGUGGACGAGGAGCAGCAAAGCAGUCAGAAUUCGAGAUGAGCCAGGGGGGCCCGACUGGAGCUGUCUCUAUGCAGGAGAGACUCAUGCAAUUCUUGACACUAACAGCUGGUGAAGAAGUCGAUGUUUUCGAAGUGGAUCAGAGGACUGGGCAAGAAGUACCCACAGGCGAAAAGCGUAGGAUUCAACAUGCCAUAUGUCAAUUCGAGGGUUUUUGCAACCGAAAAGACAUGAGCGUGUUUGAAAAUCUGAUGUCAGAGCUGGAAUUUAGACCAACAUAUGCGGAAGACACAGGUCAUAGGUUGAGGAGAGAAGUGAUCGAUCCGGGAAUGCAUAACUACGAAGAUGCGACCAGGACAGGUGGAGGAGCCACAAGUUCAAGUAGUAGUGGUAGCAAAGGUGGGAAGCUACAACCAGACAAUUUCAAUUAUUACUACGAGGACCACACCCAGUCCCAGCACAGCAAGUACAAUAUACACGACGAGGGCAAGGGCAGGCAUGGCAAAAUAGGAAAUAUAUCAAGCGCUUCUACAACUAGUUGUACAUCUUCAAAAAAGAACAAAAUCUGGGAUCAAAGUCCUACUUACCGCUCUAUUAUUCGCCACCUUAUCAAGGAGUUUGGCUUGCGCGGGCCUUACUUCAGCGUGAUCAACCUCUAUCGAGAUGAAAAGGACAAAGUUGGCUAUCAUCGCGAUUCGUACAAAGGCAAUGUCAAUUUCACUGUCGGAGUUUCUCUAGGCGCUUCUCGGGAUCUAGAGUUCAUCUCCGAAAUAGAUUUCCAACGACACGCAAAAGAAGGCACGAUCGGCAGCUUGAACAAGAACUCUUCCUCCCUGUUUUCCUUUCCCCAAGGCAACGGCGACAUCUUUGCCUUCAGUGACCACGUCAACCGAAAUUACAGACAUGGGGUUUUACCACACCAGGGCGGCAGAGGUAUAUCCUCGUUCAACAGAGGUAUAUCGUCCAAAGUCGGCCCUCGCAUAAGCGUUGUAUUGUGGGGAGAACGAGGUAAUGGGACAGACCCAGGUGUAGACCGGGAAGACUUCGUACCGGAUUUUGGAGGGAUAGAGGGGGAAAGGAUAAUUUAUUUGAACUAUGAAGGGGAAGAUAAGGAAUACCAGGGUCGUGGAUAGACGACCCCGCCUCAGUUGUGCCAAGAAGACGAUACUAAGUAAAAAUUUUUUUCCUCAGAACAAGGCGUUCCUCCACCAAGAACACGAUUAAUAUACCUCGAU